AUGGAGGAGCUGAUAGCCAAGUUGCCGCUAAGCAAGAGGUUGGACUGGGCAAGGCAUGCGGCCACGAUACAGCCGUAUCCGACGGUGGCGCACCUGAGCGAGUGGCUCCAUGAAUUCGCCAAACUGGUGUGCACUGUCUCGGACGCCAGGGAACAACCGAAGCGAAGGAUUCUGCACGCGAAUAGUGUUCGCGAGGAGGAGCGAUAUGUCGACCGCCCCAGAUGCUGCCCUAUAUGCGAGGGACAGCACCAGGUCAGGGACUGCGAGGACUUCAUCAGCGCCUCUACAACGACACGGAUCGAGUCCGCGAGGAAGCGACGACUGUGCUUCUCGUGUCUGGAGCCCGGACACAUGUCCCGGUUCUGCAGGAAGAGCCGCGGAUGCAACGUCCUCGGAUGCCAGAUGAGGCAUCACCACCUGCUCCACGAAGUACCUGAACGAUCCAAACGGCCGCCAGUCGCAGAUGGGGGCCACAGGAGGGAUCUGGACCGACAGCCGUACAGAGACGGCAACAAUCGGAGGGGAGUGCCACGGUCAGUGGAUUCCAGCGAAAGGAACCAUCCUACGUCGGCCGCAGUUGAGUUGCCGCACCGAAACCUCAGCAUCGACUCAAUUGGAUGCCACCUGCUGUUCGGGAUUCUACCCGUGACGCUGUACGGCGAGAAUACGAAGGUCGACACGUACGCACUGCUGGAUGAAGGAUCGUCUGUCACACUCAUCGACGACGAACUCAUCCGCAGCCUGAACCUGAAAGGCGAGAGUCGACAGCUGAAUGUGCAAUGGUUUGGUGGAAAAUCCGCCAAAGAGCACACGAAGGUGGUCAGUCUGCAGAUCAGCGCAGCGGGCAAACCAAAGCGCCAUGGGCUGAAAAAUGUGUACGGAGUGGCCAAUCUGAACCUUCCGAUGCAGAGCCUGCGUCAGGAGGAUGUACAGGCAGUGAAGGCGAACACGCGUCUGCCGGUGAUGCCGUACAACAAUGCGACGCCGAGGAUCCUAAUUGGACUGGAUCAUGCGUAUUUAGGAGUACCCUUCAGAACCAAAAGUUAUGGAUCUGGAGGGCCGUUUGCAGCAGACACCGCACUUGGAUGGGUUGUAUAUGGACCGGUGAACGGAAAGCCGAGCUCGCCGCUUCUGAGUUCGUGCCUCCUAGCCGUGCCCCAGGAUGAUCUUCUGGAGAAGAUGGUCAGCGACUACUUCGAGACCGAGAAUUUCGGAGCGAAGCCGGUGCAGCCAGUCGCAGCUGGCAGAGUGGACCUGGAGCCGUCAGUCGGAGAUAGCGGCGACGCACGGGCCCUGAGCACCCUGGAGAAGACGACCAAACGUGUAGGCCAGAGAUACGAGACCGGGCUGCUAUGGAAGGACGACGAAGUGAGAUUGCCGGAGAGCUACAGCAUGGACCUCAGGAGGCUCGUCAACAUAGAGCGUAAAAUGAAGCGCGAUGUGGACUUCGCGUCGGCUUACAUCCGGAUAAUGGACGAUUAUGUCAAGAAGGGAUACGCACGACGACUGGAGGCCCAGGAAGUCCAGAGGUUUCAGAAGGGCAAAGUGUGGUACCUGCCGCACUUUGGAGUGGAAAACCCAAACAAGCCUGGGAAAAUCCGGCUGCUUUUCGAUGCGGCUGCCAAGGUGGACGGUGCAGACAUCAAGGAGAUGUUUCAUCAGGUACUGAUGCAGCCGAAGGACAGAUGCGCCCAGAGGUUUCUGUGGAGAGACGGAGACGACCAGCGAGAGCCGGACGUAUACGAGAUGACAGUGAUGACGUUCGGAGCGGCCUGCUCACCAUGUUCGGCGGACUACGUGAAGACCGUGAAUGCCUUGCGGUAUAGCAGCACGGACCCGCGAGCAGCCCUGGCAAUCAACGAAUACCACUACGUGGAUGACUACGUCGACAGAUUCGCCAGCGAGGACGAAGCUAUCGCCAUCUCGACACGGGUGAGGGAAAUUCAUUCUGAAGCAGGUUUUGAUUUGUGCCGAUUUACCUCCAGUUCGGCAAGUGUGGUCAGAGCGCUGAACCCACUUGAGUCCAUCGCCAGCGUCGGAUGGACCGAAGCUGAAGAGAAGGUACUUGGGAUGUACUGGCAGCCGGCUACCGAUGAUUUCAAGUUCGGCGUCAAGUACCAUCGAGUCCCGAGGAACGUGAUGACGGGGGAACGAGUCCCUACCAAGAGGGAGUUCCUAAGCCUGGUGAUGUCUACGUUUGACCCGAUUGGGUUCCUGAGCUGCUACAUGGUGACUGCCAAACUGCUGCUGAGGGAGAUUUGGCGGAGAGGAGUCAACUGA